AUGGAGCUGAUGCCGGGCAAGACUAUGGAGAUGAUGCUGGAAGGCUCCUCCAGCACUCCCCAGGUGGUGAAGGAGCGGCUGCUGUGUCAUGCCAUCGUGGGGAGCAGGGCAGGGAAGGCACAGAUAAUGCAAGUGGAUGUCACGUGUGAGUUUGUUGCUCCCAUUCUGCAAAUGUCUUCCAGAGAAAUCACUUUCCGGGUAGAGAAGCAACCCAGUGAUGUCCUAACUCUGCAGUACAAGCCUCUUUCUUUAAAAAACAUCUCCUCCCUGCCACUCAGCAUUGUCCUGACCUUAGAGCAGCCCUUCUUGAUCUGCGAUGCAGACCAGCAGCCCCUCUCUGCAGUUGUUCAGCCCAUGAAGCUGGAGACAGGGGAGGAACUUCAUCUCUCCAUCAGAUUUAACCCUGCUUAUGAAGAGGAUUUGGGUAUCCGGGUAGUAGAGAAGGCUCUGAAGAUACAGUUUCUUGAGCAUCCUCAUGAGGAGCAGGUCACCAUUCGGGGAGAAGUCUACUUUCCGAAUCUCCAUAUCGAGACCACGGCCCUGGAUUUUGGCUGCAUCUUGAAUGACACUGAAGAUGUGCGUUACAUCGAGAUGACCAACUGCAGCCCACUUCUUGUCCGCUACCACUGGUCAUUCCUGACAGACAGCCAGGUGAACCAGAUGAGGUCCAUGAUCAAAGUGAUGUUGUUUUACAGAUUCAGUCCUCCAGCACCUAAAUUUUUCAUCAAACCCCAACUACUGAAGGAGGAGGGAACCUGGUUGGAGCGCUUGGCACCUGCAGAGAGCAGCUCCGGGGAUGGAGGUGUGGAGGAGCUAUCCGAAGCCCUGGGAGCAGCAGAUGCAGCUGACUCCCUGGAAUCAAAGCUGCUACCAUCUGGUGCUGUGGAGCUGGAAGGUGCUGCAGAGCCGGAGAGCCCAGUGAGGAUCAAGGAAUUGAUGCAGUUUAUGGAGGCAGAGCCCCUUGCCUUGGGAGUGGAGGAGGUUUUCGAUGUCCUACCACUGUACGGUGUGCUGCAGCCGGGAGAGAGCCAGAGGGUCAUGUUCACCUUCUUUGGCCACACAAACAUUGUCGCCCAUGUCAUGGCACUGUGCCAAGUGGAGGGAGGGCCGACCUAUGAGAUCAAGCUGAGUGGGGAGGCUUCACUCAUCAACUACCUCCUAAACGUCACGGAGAUUGAUUGCGGGCUGCAGCGGUUUAAUGAAGUCACUGAAGCAGAGAUCACCCUGCAGAACAGUGGGAAGGUGGGAUUCACCUAUGUGGUGCUAAGCCCCAGCGCGGCCACUGCAGACAGCCCUCUGCCCGGCGUGCCCCUCGUCAUCCCCAGCACAGGCUACAUUGGACCUGGCAAGGAGCAAGUGCUCAAAGUCUAUUACCUGCCAGGAGUGCCUGGAGUCUUCUGCAGGACUUUCCAGAUCCAAGCGGGUCACCUGGAGCCAGAAGAAAUCUCCCUGAAAGGAGAGGGGGGCUUUCCCAGGAUCUACUUGGACCUGCCCAGGAACAUCAAAGGAAAUGAAAAAUAUGAGAAGAUCCUCAAGGAGGUGAAAGAAAAGAUGGAAGACGACAGCCAGAGAGAUGGAGUAGUUGUUCUGGAGGAGGCUGGGGCUGCGGAGCCACCCACGGAUGACUCGGGCACCAUGUUGGACACUUGGCUGCAGAUGCAGAUGGAGCAGAUGCUGAUAGAGGAACAUGCCCUGGAGCAGCAGAAAGCUCUUGCCUCUGGUCCCCCGGCGGAUACUGCCUUUGACCAGCGUGCUCGUCGGAGGCUUCUCAAAGCUGAGCUGCCUGAGUAUGUCCUGGACUUUGGCUAUGUCAUUCUCGGUAACAUCCACACACACAUAGUGAAGAUCACCAACACUGGGCAGUUCCCCGUGUGUUUCCAUGCUGAUGGAUGGGUCCUGCAUGGCACAGGUUUCAGCGUGGAGCUGGACCGCGUGAAGCACCUGCCCUACUGUGAGACAGAGACAUUCGAAGUGCGCUUCGACCCACAAAGUGCCAACCUGCUGGGAGAAGUGGAUGUGCUCCUGCCCAUCGAGGUAGCAGGAGGCCCCACAUUUCACAUCCGCCUCCGUGCCAACGUGGCUGUGCCGUCCCUCUGCCUCUCCAGGGACAGACUGGAGUUCUCCACUGUCCAGUGUGGGCAGUGCCGGGAAGAAACCAUCCAGCUCCACAAUCAGCUCCAGGUCCCCUGUAAAUGGUUCAUCACCAUGAAUGAGCCUGUUAAGAAGGUGGACAAACAUUUGCCAGCAAGCGUGCGUCGGAAGCUGCUCCAGGAGUUGAAGGCCAAGACCUGUGUCUUCAAGGUGCUGCCCUCCGCUGGAGCCCUCGCUCCAGGACAGCGAUGCAACAUGCGAGUCAGGUUUUCACCCACGGAAGAGAAGUCCUACAGAAGCGAGCUGAAGAUUAACAUUUGCCAGAGCAACCAGCACCUCCAGCUGCAGGUCUUGGGGCAUGGGCUGGAGCCACAGCUGGAGUUCAGCCCCCCAGUGCUCGAGCUGGGACCAUUGUUGCCGUCCAGCCGUGGGGCGGAGGGGACAGUGGUGGUGAAGAACCCAUGCGAGUUCCCCAUUGAGUUUUACUCGCUGGAGUUUGACCAGCAGUACCUUGCUGAGGAGCAGAUCCUGCGGAUGCUGAAGGACUACGAUUGCCACAACACCUUGUUGCUGCCUCCUCGUGCCCCGGGUGAGAAGCUGCCCCCAGAGGUGCUGGAGUACAACCAGGACCAGAAGAGGCUGCAGGAUGAGCAGGCAAAGUCCAAGACUGGGGAACCAGUAGGCCAGGACAAUGCAAACUUUGAAGAUGUCCAGUCUCCAUCAGAUCAAGGAAGAAAGCACUCUGCUGGGAUUGUUCACACUGUUUCAUCCCAUAGCUCAGUCAUUCCCUUCUCCAUUUGUGAUGAAAGGCAGUCCAACAAGGUGGACUCUAAAUCUGAAUGUGGAGAAGAGGAAGGUGUUGAGAAAAGACAGGGAACAGCAGAGCAUCAGCAAAGCACCACCAGCAGCAAGGAGGCCACAGGAGAACUGGACGACAGCCCUGUCUAUAGGGCCAUCGCCCGCCACCUUGGCACCGACAUCUCUGCAGAAGGGCGCGCAGCCCGAAACCGCAGAGGGAUCAUCGUCAUCGUCCAUGGGGCACCCCUGACAGGAAAGACAGUGGCAGCGGUUGCCCUGUCCAAAUAUUACAGUGCUGCCUGCUUGUCUAUCGACGCUGUGGUGACAGAAGCCAUCUCAGACAGGAGCAGCUCAGCAGGGCUCCGUGCCCGGGAGCUGUGCAUCAGGGCUGCCAUCGAGCAGAGCCACAAAGAGACAGAGGAUGCCGGUCAAAAUGCAGAUGCGUCCCUCAGCCUGCAGUUCAGUGCUGAGGCCAAGCACAGCCCAGAUGUGAGCCAGUCCAGCUCUGGGGACAAAGUCAGCCUGCAGUCUGUCAGUUCCCGAGGCCGGGCGAGCACCACAGCAGGCAAGAGGAAGAUGGAUGCCCAUGCGUCCCAAUCCCAGAAACAGCAUGUAACAGACCCGACAGGCUCCCAGGGCUCAUCCAGUUCUCAUCUCCUCUCUCCCCUUCCCUGCGUUCCUGCGCAGCAAUGGCUGAGUGUCAGUGGCAGCACAGCGGGAGAGCUGGGCUUUAUGAGCUGUGUGCUGCCUGAGGACUUGCUGGUGGCCAUACUCUCUGAAAGGCUGCAGUUGAGUGACUGCUACCAGGGAGUGGUGUUUGAUGGCCUGGAGACGCUCUUUGCACGCAACACGGCGUCUGCUCUCCUCUGCCUGCUCAAAGCUGUCAGAAAUCGGCCUUAUAUCUAUUUUGUGAACCUGUUCCAGGAUUAUGCUUCUUUGAAAGCCAGGGAGACAGCCACAAAAGAACAGGAAGGACGGGAGCAGGAAGAAGCUGCCAGGAGGGAAAAAGCACGUCUCUGGGAGAUGGAUGAGGACGAAUAUGAUGCACUCACUGAGGAGCAGAAAACUCAGUUUAAUAACAAUAUACGAGAAGUCCAGCGUGAGAGGAAGAAGAGGGAGAUGGAGCAGCUGGCUCGAGAGCUUGAGGAAAAGCACCAGCGGGAGCUAGAACGCUUGAAGGAGGAAGAAGAGCUGAAGAAGAAGUCUAAGCGGGGGAAGAGAGAGCCUGGAAAAGACAAAGAUAAUGCUCUGGGGAAGAAAAGCCAGCCUGGAGUCAGGCAGAACAUGAACACAUCCACCAGCAACACCAAAGCAUCCACCACCAAUCAGUCAGAUGUCACCGAGGGGGCAGACAAGAAGGGAUCUGUAAGGGAGCAGCACCCAGACUCUGUUGCAGGUGACAAUGAAGAUAAGAAAAAGCAGAGCAUAGUUCCCCUGGCGGAUGCCUGCUCGGCAGUGGUUGUGGAACCCUCAGAUCCAGAACAGGGGGAAACCAAAAACGAGGCCCAGAGUGACAGCGAGAAGAACUUGGCCCUGAGGUUUAAGAUCUACGAGGCAUCGCAGAAGGAUAUCACGCAGAUUUUGUCAUCCUGGGACAGGGUUCAGGGUAUCCUGCUGUCCCCUCUGAACCAAGAAGAGGUGCGGCACCAAGCAGAAGACCAGCGCCAGCAUUUAUCUAGCCGCAGGAGCCGGAAAGACAGAGAGAAGGAGCGCCUGGAGAAGGAGCGCCUGGAGAAGGAGCGCCUGGAAAAACUGAAGGCUCUUGAGGACUCCAGGUUAUCUUGGCUGGAAGGGGAAGGUGCAGAAGGAUCAGCCAGAGGUCAGGAUGUUGGGGUGCCCUGCUUGGACAUCCAGGUGCUGAGCUCAGAAGAUGUGACUAGGAAGAUCCUGGAGAGUGGCAAGCUGCCAGCAGCAGAGCAGAUCCUGAAUGAGCUGGGACUGGGUCCUUCAGGGCCUCCCAUUCCCCCUACUGCUUUCUACUCUGUGAUCCAUUACCCGGAGAAGCGGAUGGCCCCUGCAGCAGGAGAAGCCCUCAAGCACUUCAUCUUUGUUGCGCCAGAAGGUGCCACUGCAGAAGAAGAAAAGAAGGAUACUGAAAGUCUCAUGGAUGCCCCUGUUGUGCCCACAGUGAAGACACCAGAGGAGCAGAUCACCCCAACCAGGAGCCGGUCGAGGAAGGAGAAAGCUGUGGGCAGCCGGGAGGCUGCGAGGGAGAAGCGGAGCUCUGGCCGGGGCAGGAGAGGUCUCCAGGGACCGGGCACAGGAGCACCCACACAUUCCCCCGAGGCGCACCAAAGUGACAUGGACACGGUCCCAUCCCCAGAGAGAUUGGUCAGGCUGAGCAGCUGCCGCUGGAUAGUGCCUGCCCAUGGUGAGGUGGAACUGAAGGUCCACUUCAGCUCCACGGUGCUGGGCCAGUUUGAUCAGACGCUGCAUUUUGAGAUCCUGGGGACAAACCGACUGUACCAGCUGCAUUGCAGGGGCACCUGCCUGUAUCCCACCAUCAGCCAGGACCCACGGCUGGUGUUUCCUCACUGGAGGAGGAGCAAGGCAGAUGAUGACAUCAUCUUCAAGCAGUAUGUCAUGAACACGGGUGUCUUCCACUUUGGACCGCUGCUGUGUGGGAAGUCAAGAGAAUGGUACAAGGCGCUGCACUAUCCCAGCAACUGCGAGAAGAUAACCAUCCUCAACGUCACCCCCUUGGAAACAGAGGUGCGUUUCUUCUUUGAGCGCGAUCUCAAAGCAGACACGUUCCUUUUAGACCCUCCCAGCAUGAGGCUGAAACCCCACGAGAAAAAGGAGCUGAGCAUUUGGGCAUACCCCACUUCAGCUGGCCUCAUGGAAGACAACCUCAUCUGCUGCAUUAAGGAGAACCCGGAGCCAGUGGUCUUCCGCCUGUGUUGCCAGGGGGUGCAGGUGGAGCUGGGGGUCAGCCCCAAGCAGGUGCAUUUCAACAAGCUGCUUCUGCACAGGAGGGACAGCAAGACCCUGGUCCUGCGAAACUGCACCCUACUGCCUGUGGCUUGGCGGCUCAGUGGGCUGGAAAACCUCGGCGAGGACUUCUCCGUGUCGCAAGAUGAGGGCAUCGUUGGUCCCCGCACAGAGUUUGGCGUGUAUCUACAUUUCAAGGCCACAAAGGCUCUCAGCAUUAAGAAGACAAUCCGACUGGAGGUUUCAGAUGCAGAAAACGUCCUGGGGAUUGUUCAGAUUGAGAAUAUCCAAAUCCUGGCAGAGGCCUAUGACGUUGCUCUGAGCAUCAGCAUUUCUAAAGGUACAGAUGGCAGCGUGGAUUUUGGAAUCCUUAAGGUCCUGGAUGAUGCAAAGCAAGUGCUUACCCUGAAGAACAAAGGGAAGUACGAGAUUGCAUACAGUUUCAAGCUGGAAACCACAGAUGCCAACAUACCCGACUUGGCAUCCCACUUCACUAUCCAGCCACAGAAGGGCAUGCUGACUGUCUCUGAGCGCCCUGUGCAGGUCCAGCUGCUCUUCCACCCCAAGAUGGAAAUGAAUAUUGAGGACAAACCCAUCCUGCGCUGCCAGGUGAUUGAGCCCAGCAUCUGUGAAGGAGGCGAGACCAUCGCCAUCAUCCCAGUGAGGGUGUCAGCAAAAGCUGUAUUCAGCAAGUACAGCAUUUAUCCUGCCUCGCUCAUCAACUUUGGUGCCAUGAUGAACGGCACCAGGAAGACUCGCGCCUUCACACUGGAGAACAAAGGCAUCCUUGACUUUAAAUUCCUCAUCUACAGAGCAGACCAGGAUGCACCUGUGUUGCCAAGAAAAAGUGCACAUCAAAUGAAAUCCGCCGGGUCCCAUGAGAGUGAAAACUUAAGCAAAAUGACUCCUUCAGUCAAGCAAAGCAAGCACUCGCUGCAAAAGGACACAAACCCCUUCAUGCAGGCUCGCUUCACUCUAGGCAUGUUCACGGUGUACCCUGGCUUUGGCUCCAUCCCUCCUGGGGGCCAGCAGAUGAUCAUAGUGGAUUGCUACGCAGAGCUUCUAGGGACAUGCAAGGAGCACCUGUGCAUCGAUAUCAGUGACAGAGACCCCAAGGACAAUCCCCUUGGCAUCCCCUAUACCCUGUUUGCUGAGUCCUGCCUCCCAGCAUUUGUGGUUGAUGACAUAGAGUCCAUCUUUGAAGAGCAUCGAAUCUGCAGCAACAGCAACCUCUGUCAGAUCCUACAGACAGUGCAAGACAAGGGCAUGUUCAUCACAGAUGAGAAUAAGUUUAUCUUCACCAAUGUUCUGGUUGGGCACCGGGCCACAGCUCGCUUCAAGAUCCGCAAUGUGGCAAAAGUCCCCUGUGACGUGGUCCUUUCCAUCAAACCCAUCCCUGGUAAGCUUAACAGCCGCAUUAGCGACAUUUUCGAGGUGGAUCCCGUUCGAAUGUGUGUGCCCAGCCGCUCCCACGCCUUUGUUACGGUGACCUUCACUCCGCAAACGAUGCAGAACUACCAGUGCACUUUUGAGGCUUCCCUUGAUGUCCAGGCAAGCCCUGCAGCAAUUAAAGCACAAAGCCUGACCUUCGAUAUCAGUGGAGAUGGGAAUCUGCCUCGGGUGACAGUCCUGCGCCCGGUCCUUCACAAUAAGAGAGGGAACCCUCUGCUGCUCUUCAAGAAGCUGUUGCUGGGUGAUUCAGAAAAACUCCCUCUGGUCCUUCAUAACACUGGUGUCAUACCUGUCCAGUUGAUGAUAGACCUGUUGGAUGAAGGGGGAGUUUUCUUCUUGAAAGCCAGGCCCACCACACACUGCAUCUACCAAGCUGCGGGCAUGGAGGAGGACUCUCCUGGAGAAGAGAGGAAGCCUCACACUGCUUCCCUGGUCCUGCAUCAUGGGGAAUUAGCAGAGUUUGACGUGCUUUUCAAACCCACCCUGGCCCAACGUCUGGAAGGGAAGAUCCACUUGUCAGUGGUGGACAACCCAUAUGAAGAGACCAACAUUCAGCUGGUGGGCGAAGGCUACGAGGAUGACUUCACACUAGAAAACAUCCAUGGACUAGUGGCAGACAGCAAGGAGAACACUGAGGGCUAUAUGGAGGAGGACAUAAUUGAGGCUGCCAGAGUGGAUCACAUCCAGUUCGGGGACUGUCACAUUGGGACACCCUACACCGUGACCUUCACGAUCACCAAUCGCAACAGGGUGGAGUCGAUGCGGUUUGAGUGGCUGGCAGGCACUCCAUUUCACUUCUCCCCCCAGGUGGGACAUCUCCAUGCUGGCUGUGCUAAGGACAUCACAGUGACCUUGAAAUCAGAUGUCGUGGUUGCCUUCAAAAUGCACCUUGUGAAGUGUAAAGUGGCUAGGAUCGCCUUCCAGCUGCCGCCAGAGCAGGUUACCGACUGGGACGACCGCCUGCGCACCGUGAAGUGGGUGGAUGCCACGAGGGGCCCGGCAGCCACGUGGCCUGUCAAGAAGAAGGUGAUUGAGACAGACCCUGAACCAGCUCACACUGUCUUGGAGAAGAGCAGCCGCGAAGUGGAGCUUCGCCUCAGUGCUGUCGUUGACUACGCCGAGUUCAAGCUGGAUACAGACAUGAUUCAGUUCAAGGAGACCUUGCUCUUCCAGACAAGGAUGUUCACUUUCCAGCUGUCCAAUACAGGGAAUGUGGCCCUGGAAUACACCUGGAUGGCAGCUGUGGAGGAGGAAAGGGCGGUGAGCCUUACUGGGGAGCUGCUCCCACCCAGUCUGGAUGGAGAUUUCCUCUCCUCCACUUCUGGUGCCUCUGUGAAGCUCCAGGCCAGCCGUUGUUCGAGCCAGCUGGGCCACACUCUGGAGCAGGUCUCUUCCUCCCUGAGCUCGUCUCUGAAUGCAGUCAGUGCCAGCCCGCUGUUCUCUGUCGAGCCCUGCAGUGGUUCCAUCCCUGCUGGCAAGGAGCAGCUCUUCCAGAUGAAGUUCUCUCCAGUGUACGUGGGGGACUUUGAGAGCUGUAUGCUCUGCAGUAUUCCUAACCUGAAGCCAAAUCAGAAGGGCCCAGAGGUGGUUGUGAAGGGGAGAAGCCUGAUGCCAAACUGCCACUUUGAACUGGAAGACUCUGACUAUAUCACUGCAAAAAGGCGCAACCCAGAGUUGCAGGGACCAAAGGGGGUGACGUUGGAUCUCAACACAAGAGUGAUUGAGUUUGCGGCAAUUGGAGUGUGUAGCAGGAACAGCAGGACCUUCAUGGUUAUGAACCCAACCAGUUCUGCGUAUUCUUUCCAGUGGACUUGCCAAGACCCUGAAGCCCCACCAGAAGAGGUGGCUUUCUUCUGCCUCACUGAGAGAGGUCAGAUCCAGCCAGGGAAGAAAGCAGAGAUGAAAUUUGAAUUCAUCCCCCGGCACCUGGACAUCACAGAAUCAUUCUGGGUCUUUACAAUCCCUGAGCAGAGUGUUUCAGUCCCAUUCCUGUUGGUGGGCAAUGCCACUGACCCGCUAGUAACUCUGGACAGAUCCCACCUGAACUUCCAGUUGCUGUUAAUCGGGCAUGAGGUACACCAGACUAUCUAUCUAAUCAACAGUGAGAAGGAAGCCUUCAGCUUUGCUUUCAGAGAAAGCUCACUCUUCUCAGAGGGAUGCAGUGCCUCUGUGAAAGUAGAACCCCUGCAAGGCUCCAUCACUCCUCUUUCAAGGUUUCCUGUUAGAGUCUUCUUCACACCAGCACUAGAAGGAGAGGCUGUCUUCAACCUCAAGUGUGAUGUCAAGAGGAAGACCCAGCCCCUCUCCUUGAAUAUCAAGGCCACCGGCUAUAGCAUGAACGUGUCCGUCAGGUGUGAGGACGGUGAUGGCUGUGUCACUGAGCUCAGUGCACAGGAGACCAAUGUCAUUGAUUUCAAGGAGGUACAGCUAAACGAGAAUGUCAAGCGCAUCUUCAGCAUCUGCAAUAACGGCAAGUUCAGCUUUACCUUCUCAUGGGAACUGAGCGGCCCCACAGCCCGUAAGCAGGUCCUUACCAUCACCCCUCAGACGGGCGCUGUGCAGGCAGAGGGGAAAGCAGAGACCCAGCUGGCUUUUCACCCACAGAAGAUGUGCUCUUUAAAGGACGUAGAGCUGAUGCUGCAGAUCAGCAAGGGUCCCACGUUUACCUGCGUGUUCCUGGCCACCGUGGUAGUGCCCACUGUUCACUUCUCCACCACUAGACUCAACUUUGGAGCCUGCUUCAUCUACCACGCUGGGAUGCCACCUCCCCAGCAGACCCUUGCCAUCACAAACAAGGCAGACAAGGAUGUGAGUUUGAACUGCUUGUUCACCAGCACUGCACACCUGGAGGUGGACUUCCCAGGGUGCGUCCUACUCCCAGGAGGGACAGUGGAGGUGCCCAUCACUUUCUAUCCCAGAGAGGUUGCGUCUUACCAUGAGCUUAUCCCUUUUGAAAUCAAUGGUCUUUGCCAGAAGACUGUUGAAGUCCAAGGAAAGGGCACAGAAAUGAAGGUUGAUGUUGUAGAACCACAAGGAAAGGUUGUGAAGCUGGGAGCCCUCUCCAUCGGACAGACAGUGAAGAAGAUUGUCACCAUAGCAAACAACAGUGCUGCCCCUCUCACUUUUAAGCUCAGUCUCAUGUCCACCAUGCCAGAGCUGCAAGAAGUUGGGGUUCUCUGCUUGAACCCCAGCAAUGAACUAAGUCUGAAGCCCAAAGGAGACACCUGUAAAGUAGAGGUGACCUUCUCCCCAAAACACCGCAUCCAGCCAUUCACCGAAGAAGUGAUGUUGGAGUGCAACGGCCUGGUGCGCUCCCUAUUCAUGGUGCAGGGCUCCUGCCAGGGCAUCCAUGUGAGCUUGGACCAGGAUCACCUCAGCUUUGGAGCAGUGGUGCAGCAGAGCUACACAUCCCAGCGCAUCAUCAUGCAGAACAUGGGCGACAUAGGAGUCAGGUUUAAGUGGGACAUCGAGAGCUUCAAGCCAGAUUUCUCCAUCAGCCCCACAAAGGGUUACAUCUCCCCAGGAAUGGAUGUCCCCUUCAUUGUGACCUUCCGCCCCUCUAAGCUGAGCCAUGCUAUCCAGUACGAGGGCCUGCAGUGCUUCAUCCAGGGCAGUAAGCCGCUCAGGCUUACGCUGGCAGGAUGCUGCAUGGAGACCCCGGUGACCAAAGAGACACUGACUUUCACAUGUGACGUGCGUGAGAAGCACAGCCAGACUAUCCUCCUGUCCAACCCAAGCAAUGAGGCCUGGACCGUGCAACCUGUCAUUGAGGGGGAACACUGGAAAGGGCCUGAAUUUUUCCAUCUAGAGGCCAAUCAACAAAACAAGCCCUACAAGAUCACUUACAAACCCCUAACCAUGAGCUCUGAGAACAAGAAGCAUCAGGGCUCCAUCUUCUUCCCAUUGCCAGAUGGGACAGGCUUAUACUACCUCCUGCAAGGAACUGCUGAGGCCCCAAAGUGUUCAGGGUCCAUUUUCCGGCAGGUACCAUGUAGGACUUCCUACACUGAGCUCAUCCCCGUCUCCAACUGGCUGAACAGACCACAGAGGUUCCUUGUGGUAGUGGAUAUACUCAAACCAGAAAACCUGGAAAGCAGGUCUCUGCUGCAGGGGCUGGAAUACAUUGAUGUGCCAGGCUCUGCCAAGAAGGACUACAAGCUCACCUUCCUCUCCUACAAGGAAGGAGUCUUUAACACAAUGGUGACCUUCCUCAAUGAGGUGACCGAGGAGUACUUGUUCUACAUGGUGACUUUCAAGGCCACCCCUUCGGGACCCAUCAGCACUGUUGAAAUUACCACCGCUGUUCGGCAGAGAGUGUCCUCCACCGUCAGGGUGGACAACCCUCUGCCUGUCCCAGUGACGUUUGCCAUAGAUUGCAAAGUGCCUGACAUCAAUGUUCCCCCGCAUUUCACUGUGCCUGCAGAGUCAGAGGCUGACCUUGUCUUUGAGUACCAGCCCACAAAAAUGGGUGAGAGCACUGGGCACCUGGUGCUCCAAAGCAGUGACUUGGGUUCUUUCUACUACAACCUGCACCUGAAAGCCACCACAAGCAGGCCGGAGAAGCCCCUCUACUUCUGCACCAUGCUGGGCUCUAGUCAGACCAUCACCACCAAAAUCAUGAAUUACGCCCGGCAGAAGACCGACUACCUUCUCCAGACCAACUGCGCGGACUUCCAGACCGAGAAAACCAUCAGUGUGGCCCCCGCCGGCCCCAGGGGCUCGGAGGUGAGCGUGGAGGUGACUUACGAGCCCUGCCAGCUGGGCGAAGCCAGGGCCACGCUGCAGCUCUCCUCCCCACUCGGAGGGGAGUACAGCAUCCCCCUCUUCGGCCUUGCCCUCCCGCCCAAGCCCCAAGGCCCCUUCCUCAUCAAGGCUGGCGGCACCACCUCCAUCCCCUUCAAAAACGUCUUCCUCCAGCCCACCGCCUUCCAGUACACGGUGGAGCACCCGGCCUUCACCGUCAGGGCCCCCGACAGCUUGCGUGCCAAGAAGACCACCUUCAUCACCGUCUCCUUUCAGGGCGGCCCGGCCUCCGGCGGGGCCCCUGUCACCAGCAAGAUGGUGGUCUCCUGCCCGGGCGGGGCGGGUGUCUCCUGGGUCUACUACCUCCGGGGCCUCCCUCCUCACAAGUGA